CGGCUCUCUCCGGAGGCAGAGCACCCGGAGGACAAAGAGCGCGGCUGCCAGAGCUCCUGCUGCAGAGCCAGUGCGCUUCUCGCCCAGGUCUGGGUCCCUCGCAGAGAAACGAAGUUGUUGCAGAAAUAAAUUCUAGCCUUUACCCAGGCAGGGGAAGAACAAGCGGUACUUCAGGAAAGAGUGCCCCUGAUUGUGACAUCACCUCCAUCCACUUGGCGAUGGAGCUUGUCACUAGGAAGGAAGACUCCGUCGGAGAAUAGACAACAAGAUGGGUUACUGGGAGCAUCUCCUGAGUGGCACUGAGUGGAGGCACCAGGGGAUUGGAGCCUCGUGAGCAGGGAACCUGCCCCCCAACACUUGGAAGGAUCUGCCUGAUUUCUGUGUUCCUCAGUUCACUUAACAGCUGGAGAAAGACCAACUCACCGUCACUGGUAUCAAGCUCACCUCAGGUAUGGGAUCCAUUGGUCCCGCUUGGAUGGCAUGCUCACCCUCGGCCCAGCUGUAGUCUGCGGAAGGUCUCACAGUCCUAGCAAGAACCUGGGUUUCAGUGAUGAGACAUGGGGUAUGAUGUAACCCGUUUCCAGGGGGAUGUUGACGAAGACCUUAUCUGUCCUAUUUGCAGUGGAGUCUUGGAGGAGCCAGUCCAGGCACCUCAUUGCGAGCAUGCUUUCUGCAACGCCUGCAUCACCCAGUGGUUCUCUCAGCAGCAGACAUGUCCAGUGGACCGUAGCGUGGUGACAGUCGCCCACUUGCGCCCAGUACCUCGGAUCAUGCGGAACAUGUUGUCAAAGCUGCAGAUUGCCUGCGACAACGCCGUGUUCGGCUGCAGUGCCGUUGUUCGGCUCGACAACCUCAUGUCUCACCUCAGCGACUGUGAGCACAACCCCAAACGGCCUGUGACCUGUGAACAAGGCUGCGGCCUGGAGAUGCCCAAAGAUGAGCUGCCGAACCACAACUGCAUCAAGCACCUGCGCUCGGUGGUGCAGCAGCAGCAGACGCGCAUCGCGGAGCUGGAGAAGACCUCAGCGGAGCACAAGCAUCAGCUGGCGGAGCAGAAGCGAGACAUCCAGCUCCUCAAGGCAUACAUGCGCGCCAUCCGCAGCGUCAACCCCAACCUUCAGAACCUGGAAGAGACCAUUGAGUACAACGAGAUCCUAGAGUGGGUGAACUCCCUGCAGCCAGCCAGAGUGACCCGCUGGGGAGGGAUGAUCUCCACCCCUGACGCUGUGCUCCAGGCUGUCAUCAAGCGCUCCCUGGUGGAGAGUGGCUGCCCUGCGUCUAUUGUCAACGAGCUGAUUGAGAAUGCCCACGAGCGUAGCUGGCCCCAGGGUCUGGCCACACUAGAGACCAGACAGAUGAACCGGCGCUACUAUGAGAACUACGUGGCCAAGCGCAUCCCUGGCAAGCAGGCUGUGGUGGUGAUGGCCUGCGAGAACCAGCACAUGGGCGACGACAUGGUGCAGGAGCCCGGGCUUGUUAUGAUAUUUGCGCAUGGCGUGGAAGAGAUCUAGGAGAUUUCGGAGUGCUAUUGUGAAGAGAUGGAGAACAGAGAAAUCUCAUCACUCCAGCAGCUGGACUCUGAGUCCUCCCCUAUCCUUAAUACUGUGGUUUUCACUUGAACCACACGCCUCCCUGCUCUUCUGGCAUUGAAGGGCCGAGGGCACCUGGCUCAGCCUUUCAGGUGGGAAAUCCAGAUUCCUUCCUUUUGCCUAAUUUCUUCCCCUAAGACGUCUGUAAUUUUCAGUCUGGAUGGGAAAGUCCCCUCCGCUGUCCUGCCUGGAGUCCCUGGUCCAGAAAGCACAAUGAUACUGAUUUUCUCCAGGAUCAGGAUGGAAUGAGGAAUCUCUAAUUGUUCCCUCCUCCCAAACCAGGGAGUCAGAGCAGGCAGGCCUGUUGCCUCUAGAAACAGCAUUUAGAGGGUAGUCCUGGGGAGCAGAAAUUCUGAGGAGUGUUAAGGGUUCCCUAGAAAUAGUGAGGCAAUCACUGAUGGCCCGUGGGGAAGACUGGACCUCUGUGCCAAGUGAUACCCUGUUGCGUGCACCGUGAAGGCUCUCGCCGGCCUGCAGGUGCGCAGGUUCUAGAUGCCGAAAACUUCCAGAUGAGCUCUUCUUUCUUCCGCUUUUCUCAUCCAUGGAGAAUGACAGGGCUGGGACUAGGGGAUUUGUCUCCUGGGGUGGAGAUACUCAGCAUGAAGCACCACUGUGUUUUGCUGAAAUCGGGUCGGCACUGCUGUCUAUGGCAAGAACUGUAAUUCCACAGACCCCUCCCAACCCUGGGAUUGUAGGUGGUUAUUUUGAUGAUUUCCUUUGGCCAUUGUUUGUUUAUACUUCAUUCCCCUCCCUCUUUUUUUUUUUUUGGUAGGAUGGCCUGGUUAUGGCUACUUUUCCAGCCCAGCCACAUUGUUGGCAAUUUAAUUUAUUUACUUUUUUUUAAGAAAGGAAAAAGAAAAAAAUAUUAACAAAACUUGAAACUUAUCCUUUGCUGUUCCUACUGUGUGGACUCUGGAUGGGGUGGGACAGGGAUAGAGUCUGUUUCACAUUUUUCCUUUUCAACACAGCCUUUGGCUCUAAUAUAGGAAAGGCCGAGGGAGUCUCGGCUGAACAUAUAGUCUGCUCCAAGCCUCCGUGACCCCAUCUGAGGUGAGGAACGUCCUCUCUCUCAGUGACAGAUGUGACAGUGCGGCAUCUAUGCAUGCACCCUCUGGAGAGCUUUGCUCCCAGCCCUUCCAGGGUCUCGCCAUAAAGCCCUGGACUUAGAAUAUUAAUUUUGAAAGCAACACCCCCAUCUCUCCAUUUCCUUGGAGAUAUAUAGCUGGUAUAGAAAUCAUGUCUCUGAGUACAGGCAAUGUCUCACCACGGCCCCUGAGGACUCCAGCUCCGUUUCAGGCUACCUGAGACAUGCCCUGAUCCCUUGGGCAACAACAGAAUCAGAAGGGGAGGGAUGAUGUGAUUCUGUUAGUAUGCAGGUGGAAGUGGGGUUGGAGAGAGAGUGUCCUGUAGCAGCUUUUCUUUUUGGAGUUCUGUUCCCUGCCAGUUUGUUACAGGCUUGGGGAGUUGGGCCAUAGCUCUGCAGGGGCUGGGUAGAGUUAUACAGCUUGAGGGGAGUAGGGAACAGUCUUGUUCCAGCUCCGGGACAUUGUGCUCAGGAAUUUGAAAAAGCUGCUAUAUUUAGUCUGGUUACUACAUUUCAUCCACUCCCCUCAAACCCUGCCUGCCUCACCAAGGCCCACACCCUCCUGUUGUCCCCUUCAGAUGGAGGCAGGAAGCUCAGUUGCGGCUUCCCUGUCCUUGCACUGGUGUCUGCAGGUUGCUGGCUGUGUUAUAUGUGCGGUUCCAUGGUGUUCACUGCACUAAUAAUAAACCUUUUGCUCAACUCUCUAAAUUCUUAAUUCAACCUCACUCCCUCUCAUGAAGGUUCUCUGCUUGGCCUUUCUCAUUUUAAUUCCCUCUGCUUCCUGGCUUUGUAACCUCCUCUUGUCUCAAAACUAAGUUCUGUUUAGGAGGGUGACUGCCUGAGUGUCGUUCACACCUCAUGUCUCUGUCCUGUUGCCCUCCUACAUCUCCUCUCCUGUUCUAUAGCAACCGAAGUGAACCAUGUUUUUUUCUGUGGUCUGUCUUUACCCUAAAUUCUCUGUCAUUCCUAAGUGCUCCUGGGGUUUUGGGACACUUUCUGCAGAAGCUACACAUGCACUCUUGUCCUCUGAGCCUCUUUGCUUUGGAAUCUGGGAUUCCGUUAAAGGCCGGGAAGCCUCCAGCCACCACUGUCUCCUAACCAAGAAAGUAGAUGUGAGGAAGGCAAGCUGGAGUGACUGUACCUGCUGUAGCCAAAUCUUGAUAAACCCUUGUAAGCAUUUGCCACCACCUUCUCCCUCUAAUGAAAAAAAAAAAAUUUCCACCCUAUACUAUAUUUUAAAUUUGCUGAGCAUUAUCAUGCAUCUAAGAUAAGUCUAAUAGUACUCUAGAUACUCUAGGGGGGUGAAAAAGAUGCAUUCCUAUGCCACUGAGUCUACUAUGCUGUCCUACACACGUCUGAUGAUGAAAAAUAAGCAUAGUGUGCGCAUAACUGGCGCUAGGCCCACUCUAGUGCUUUCUGUUUGUUUUGAAGCUCCUUCAAAAUUACUUUCAGGACCUGCUGCUCAUUCUUUUGAUGGUGUAAGUGGUGCCAAAUCAUCUUUUCAGGGUUUAUUUGGUUUUUGGAAAUCUUUCUUAAAUAACUUGCAAGGUGCUCGAUAGAAUGAGAAUGGGGGCGGGGGUUCUUGUAGCAAAAUGGUACCUGCCUUCGAAGAAUUUAACUCCCAGUGAAGAUGAACAUAUAAGGCAUAAUGAAAGUGGCAAGUGGGCUUACCAGCAGUGUGAGUAGAGGGGAGCUAAAGUCCUGAUUCUGCUGGGUAUCAGGGAAGAUAUUUCAGAAGUAUUUGUUCUCGAUCAGAGGUUGGCAAAUGAGAUCGGAGGCAACUGCCUGCUUAUGUAAAAAAGUUUCACUGUCUACACUCAAGCCCAUUUGUAUUGUCUACAGUUGCUUUUAGAUUAUGACAGUGAAGCUGAGUGGUUACCACAGAACCGGCCCGCAAAGCCUAAAAUAGAACUAGGCAGGGAAGUGGUGUGAGGGUUGUUGUAAUUUUCUACUUUUUAUAUACAUUUGAUAGAACAUUUUUCUAAUUGCUGAAAUAACAAACAUUUAAUAAUACACCCUUUACUAAAGAAACCUGUACUCACAUUUCCCCAAUUGUCCCAAGAACGUUCUUUUGGAGCUAAUUUUUGCCUGACCCUGGAUCCUUGGAACACCCUUAUUUUUUUAGUAACACUGAUUUGAAGCGAUUGGGCUAGUGGUCAUAGUGACAUUUUGGAUUUGACUAAUUGCUUCUUCACUGUGUCCAUUAGCUUAUUCCUCUAGUUCCAACUUUUACUAAAGAGAUCUAGAAUUCGAGUCAAACAAUUCUGGGGUGGAUGACAUUUCAGGAGAGGUGUUCUUUAUGUGAUAUAACAUCAGGGUAGGCCCAGGAGCACCAUGAGCCUGAUCUCUCCCCUGUACAGGUACACUGCAGAGAGACUCUUCUAGCACAGGCAUGCAGCUGUGUCAUUCUAAUUGGUUGCUGUUACAUAAGAACAGGCCUAAUAUUACCAAAUCUUAUUAUUUUUCAAGAAAUUUGGGGCAUCCUAAUGUAUAUGCUAAAUCUCAAAACCUUUAAGUAUUGGCUCAAUUUUAGAAAAUGUUCAUGGGGAAAAAAGGGAAAAAAUCUAGACCAUCACUUUGUAACCUAUUUUAGGCUGUGAGUAUAGGCCUGAAUAAAAACAAAUAGAGGUGGGGGAUAUGCUGAAGAAGAGGCCAGUUGAAAGGUCUUGAAUAUAAUGACAGGAAAUUUGGACAUUAAUUUUACAGGUGAGUUUUUAAGACUAGGAAUGACUUUCAUAAUUCCUUGGUGGUCGUGGAAAGAUGGUGAAAAAUUGGUGACUAUGAGUAAGCUUAGCAGUAAGUCAUACAUGAGCGAAUCAGGACUUGAAAUAGAGCGGGAAAGAUUAGACAUUGGGAAAAAAACAACUCAGCCAGCAUUAAUGGGAUUCCUGUCUUAUGCCAGAUGUGGUGCUGGGUCAUUGAGACAAAUAAUUGAGAAACAAGUCAUUAAAGGAAUCUGCAGACUGGUAGGUGACAUACAUUUAAACAAUAAUGGGAAAUAAUAUCAAAUACUAGAAUAGUAUGUUGCCAGUAGAUACGGACUAAAAGUGGGAAAAGGAAGAAAAGGGUCAAAGGGAAGGCUUCUCAGAGCUGAACAGGAUUGUAUAUUGGCUGUGAAGAAUGAGGAUAACAGCCAAAGCAUUUUUUGUGAGUCAGGCACCAUUUUAAGUAUUAAACAUUACUUUAGUCAUCCAAACAACCUUAUAAAAACCUUCAUUAUCUCCAUUUUCUGUGUGGAGAAACAACAAAAUUCACACAGGAUUUGAAUCCUAAAAGUCAUUCUAGAGCCUAGGCUCCUAAUCACUGCACAGAGCAAGGGGCAUAUUACCAGAGGUAAGGCGCGGAUACCGAGGUUUCUGGGCUGAAUGAGAAGACAGCAUCAUUAGCUUAAAUAGGGAAGAGGAGGCGGGGCUGGUUUCAGCCGUUGAUUAGCCCAUUUGGGGCACAUUGGGAUAGAAGUAUUUCCAUGCGGAGGCCUGGAGCCAAAGAAGACAAAAAUAGAUUUGGGUGUUAUGUACCCAGAGGUAAUCAAAAAGUCUUGAGACUUGAAUGCUAACUAAAGUAGAAAACAAGAAGAAUGGGAUCUUGAAUUCCAAAAGUAAUCUGGAACAAAAAUUGGAAAACAGGGUAAGAUAAAGUUGGCUAAUGCUUCAGCUUUUUUUUCUUUUAAGUGAUUUUGAAGUUUGAAUCGUUUAAAUGUGGUGCAUAAGCUAGCUGUAAAGGAGUAGCAGAAAUGUCUGCAAUGACAGCAUUCCUGAAGCAAGUAUUGCUUAAGCCCAUUUUGGUUCAGAUCCUCUAAUGACUUACUUUAUGGGAUAAACUGCAGAGAUCCAACCCUCUUAUCAAGUCACCAGCUUGGAAGUAGAUUGUGUUAGAUCCCUCCCACAUUAGCUUGUUUAUAUUCACCCGAGCAAUUUUGAUUAAGCUCUAAGAAGAUGGGUCGGUAUAGGGUGGCAUUAGCUAGUUGUUGGUUAUAAGGUGAAGAGAUAGAUGGCACUUAAUCAGAGAAGGUGGGAAUUAGACUGUCACACGGAGACACCCAGUCUAAUUUAAUUGGAAGUAUCAAGGAUAAAAAAUGAGUGUCUUAGAAAGGAUGUGUUGAUAACAGGUGCAAGUGUUUGACUACCUGUGGAGCUGAGGUUCCUAUCUAGGGGAAUAAUAUGUUCCAGAGAUUUUAGUGAAACUGGGGCACCUAGAAAGCCAUUGUAACAAAGGCAUGAAUUAAGAUGAUAUGAUGGAGGAAGCAGUAACGAAUGAUGAGCAUGGGAGAAAAGAAAAUGUAAUUCUUAGGUUGGAAACUGGAAGGAACUGAGAAAACAGUAUUAUCAAAAAUUCGAAAAGUCAAGAAUGUGAUUCUGGGGAAGGAGUUUUAUGUUUCAGGUGACAUUAGAUCAGCAAAACAAACUGUGGCACCUAAUGACACAGGACCAUGGUUUUGCCAAGAGACCUUGCCUGUGUAAUGGAAGCUUGGAAGAAGGAAGAAGAACGAAGCUUUGGUAGAAUACUACUGAAGGUGGAAGAAAGCAAAUGAGAUGGAAAAAUAGUAUUCCAAGAGAGGAAAAAAGCAUGAUGCCUCUGAAGCCCAGUGAGAAAUCAGUGGUUUCAAAUAUAGCGAAGGUUUUGAUAUCAGUGUUAAGAUAGCAUGGAUUGGGGAGUCAGUGUAUUUUAUUGAGAAAAAUAAAACACGGUGAUUUGGAAGUGCCAAGGAAAGGUGAAGUUUUCUUCCGAAUUAUUGAAGAUCCCACAGAGUAAGAAAAGUUGAAGCUGUGGAAGGAUAGAGACAGCUCCUUAGGAGGCUGCAAUGUGUGAGAUUGCUAGCCUAGGUGGACAGAGUGACUUCAGAGCUUAUGAGUGAGGCUAAAAUCUGAACCAGAAACUCAAGAUUGAUAGCGGGGUAAAUAUGUAAGAAUGAGAGAGGGGCCAGAUCAUGUAAUGCAAAGAAAGAAGGAUGGAAAGGUGGGAUUUGUUGGAAUGGAAGGGGUAGGGAUGAAGGAA